UGAUUUAACUGCAGACUUGAAAUAUUUAUCAGAAAUGCUACCUGGCUAUUAUAGUAACAAUGGGAGACAUUCAAAGCAUUUCCGACACAGCUUUGAGCGACCACUGAGUUCACAGGAGACGCCGGCAGAGGCCUUAACCACUAUACCUCUCACAGCGGUAUAUCGUCCGGUAGAAGUGACGUUUCUACCGGAAUGUUUUAACGUGUACGUAGAACAAACGUUAUAUGGUAAACAAAGACCUCAUAGACAAUGGCUGUAUAGUUUUUCAAAGGACGAACGGACACGCUCCAUAAAAUUAAAAGUAUACAGUUUUAUAGACAAAUCUUUAGUAGAAAAAAUUAGCAAAAAUCCGAGGUCAGUAAAAUAUUUAAAUGCUAGAGACGUUUCAACGCGAAGUGAAUGUGAUAUGUUUUGGCGUCGACUCGGUGAAACGUUUGUCGGAACAACGUCAAGACAGUGUCUGGCCGUGGUGGAUGGAAAACAGGUACGAAUUUCCGUGAUGACAACGCUCACCCAGAACAGUUUACAGAUAGAUGAGGGUUGGUAUAAUGCAGUGGACGGUUCCAAGGUUAUUGAACUUGAAGGGCCGAUCUAUAUGUCUAAGAUAGAGACUAUUGCAGAAAAUCCGUAUCAUAGAGGUUAUAACCCAGCGUUAGAUGUUUUAUUCCACAUGCAUCAGGAAUGGAAAGUUUUAACAAACAUUAAGAACAUUCAUCAUUCGUGGAUUUCACGAUAUUCAGGAACUGGAUACGAACUUGGAGAUCAACAAAAGCACGAAAAGAAUGAGGAAGAAUCACUUUUGCAAAAGGAUGCGCGAACGCGACAUCACAAACAUAACAGUCAUUUUGACAAUAAAAAUCGAAUUCCAGAAGGUAAACGUCCUAGAGAAAAGCCAAGAAAACAACAUUAUAUUUCCACUAACGAUGUUCCUACAUCUGGCUACAGAAAUAAGGAGGAGAAAACCAGUGCACUUUUCACUAAUGCCAUCGAGAAAGCGGGAUUUGAUCCCUAUAGUUAUAAGAGAAAUAACCCCAGCAGAAGUUACGUAAGAUCGCCGCCGGAAACCAGAAAAGAAGAAAAGUCCACAUGGAAUCUCCAGACAUACGAAGGUGUUAUAGACGCUCUGCUCACAGGCCAUAAAGUAUAUUUUACUGCUCACACCAAGAAUUGUUUUCAUGAAAAAGCACGGAAACGGGAGAAGACCACAUUUGGAGAUUAUGUAGACGUUUUUGAGAUACACAAAGACUUCUCUAUCAAACAGCCAAACAAAUUUCUACAAUUUUCAUUCCGAAGAAUGCAUCAUACAAAGCGAAAAGGAUUUAAAGAAAUCAUCAAAGAAGUCACCGUUCAUAGGAACAGUUCCGUUCAUAUAGCAACCGUGAUACUGAAUGAAGACGGUCAUAUCGACAGGAAUACAUUCGCAGAAUGUGACCUAUACAACCAAGACACGGGGAAAGGCGAUGUGAAAUUUUACCUCGAUCCUUACAGAGAUGUUUCUCAGGUAACAAAACUGCGCUCUUUACGAACAAACCUACAAGUAGGAAAGAUGAUGCGUAUUACAACAGAACUGGACAAAUGUAGUGGUGGCCAGUCGGACCUCAUUACUAUUGGAGGAGAGCUACGCGGCUAUGAUCUUGGCAGAAAUAGUAAGACAGUCGACGUGACUCUGACGAGCACUAAACUUCAUCCACAACAAGGCGGCGAUCUUUCAGUCGAGGAGCAUUUUACCAUAUUCCGCUUUCCUAAGCAUGGCGAGAUAACUGUGACCCGACACCGGAAACACGUGACCAGCCUCGUUCACAAUGUUUCCAUUGUCAGUGGUUUCCAGAAAUACAAAUGUGAAAUAGAUCCAAAUUCCAGCACAAAAACAGUAUAUCUGUUUAAUUCGUGAUUCAUUGAGUACCCGAGAUAACGGCUCUACUGCAAACGCUAUUCAAUGUAAUGUGUGUAUGCCUUUCAGCGGAAACUCCACGGGUAUUGUUUUCCAAGAAUAAGACAUUGUCUGAUAACGCCAUUUUUAAUUGUUUGACAAAACUUGUCACGUGAAACCAAAACAGUGGGUUAGUACAUUUUAUGAAUUCCGUAUUAUACAGUUGUGACUUCCAUAUACGUGCCUAUGUGAACGUGAAAUAUGAUGUACGCAAGACGUUUUAUAAACAUGUUUGUGGGUGACUUUCAGUUCCAAGAGGACGAAACAUCAUCUAUUUAUUCAUGCACGUAUAGUGAAUGUUUGGAUAGUCUGUCGUUGACAUGAAGACAGUGCUAAGACACUAAAUGCAUAAUAAAGGAGAGUUAUUGUUUAUUAAAUAAUUCAAAUUCUAUAUAACACAUUUGGUUGGUUGUGUCCCGCAUGUUCAUGUAGCAUGUAUAGGUAUACGAUUUUUUCAUCAUUGUAACUUUGUGCCGUCCAUGAAUGGUAAAUACUAUUAAUGUAUAUACAUUGAGUAGUAUUGACAGUAUCUCAUUGGCGUAGGAGCCUUUUCAGAUUUUAGGGAUAUGGAGCGGGUCCACAGCAAG